AUGCCCCUCUCAAUGGUUGUGGUUUUGAGGUGGCGUUAUGAUCAUUUGUAUAUGAAAGUUGACAAUGGUAGCUGGGCAAGCAGUAGGAAUGGCUAUCUUGUAGAGGCUAUUGAUGGUGGUUUGACAUGGGAUGGGCUUAUGGUGAGAAAAUGGCCUGGUUGGGCAGUGAUGGAGGAGAUUGGCGAAGAUAAUGGAGUGUCUGCUUGUGUAAAAGAGAGUGCUAAUGUAGUAUGA